AUGCCCUCCGAUACCCUUCUACUCUUUCAAACCCUCCUAUCAACCCUCGAGAUCCCUAUCAACCCACCUUCACUCUCUUCCAUCCCUCCGACCUUGAUUCUCCUAACUUUAGAAUCGAUCCUCCAGCAAAAGCUAGAUAUAUCAGAAGAGCUGAGGAAGUGUAACAAAGUGGAAGAUGAGAUAAGGUUGAUCAAGUGUUUGUUGGGGAUCUUGGCGGACGAUCUGUUGAAUAUUGAUUUGAGCUUGAUUGAUCCGUUGAAAGUAAUUCAGGGGAGAGAAAGGGAGAUGGAAGUGGUGGUUAUGGCUGUUAUAGUCGUGGCCAAGAGGAAUGGGAUAAAUAUCACUACCUCGAGACGAAAAAUGACUGGUGAUGAUUCAAGAUCAAUGAGGAGUGCUAAUGAGGAUUACAUCAGUUUUACAUAUGACAAUGGAUACGAUAACGACAGAUCAGGUUUACCAGAACCUCUGAAACCGGAUAGAUCAUUUUCUUCUCCUGUCGAUACUCCUCAAAACGUUUUUGUUGUUUCCCCUCAAGGACAUGACCGAAGUGACAUGUAUUCGGAUUCGCAAGAAAUGCUGUACGAUAAGGAGAUUUACGGUGACACGAAUUACAAUGACAAUGACAUAUCCAAAACAUCAGAUGAAUUCGAUCCUUAUCUCACACCUAUUCACGAUAGGUUUCCACGAGGGAUCAGUCAGGAAGACGGGAACCAUGAUGAUCAUGAAAGUAACUUAAAUGCCAGACGAGAGAGGGAUGUACCUCUAAAACAAUCAUAUUCCUCGACGACCUCGGCAUCUAGCUCGAUAAGUGGAAAAACGGUUUUACAAUAUAUGAUAGAGGAGUUUGGAUUAGAGCCGGGAUAG